UAUAAAUCGCACCAACUCUUCCCCCAUAUGCAGGCAGACUACCUCUCCCGCUCUAUUUGGCCUUGCUAACUCGGCCUCAACUCGCAGUAGCCUCUCAGCUUCUCUCGUUGCAUUAAUCGACAGAGGCAACUGGUGAGGAGAGCGAGGAAGUAAGGAAAUGUCUGCGAACGACGGAGACAUGAAGAUGAGAGUGAUCGUCAUGGACAGCGAGGCCGAGAGGAGCGCUGCGAAGGAGAAGCUCUGCGAGUACACCCUCGACGGCUCCGUCGACAUCAAGGGCCGACCGGCGGUGAAGGGCAAGUCCGGAGGAUGGCUAGCCGGAGGCCUUAUUCUUGUGAACCAGGGCCUGGCGACGAUGGCCUUCUUCGGCGUGAACGUGAACCUGGUGCUGUUCCUGACGAGGGUGGUGCAGCAGAGCAACGGCGACGCGGCAAACAACGUGAGCAAGUGGACGGGGACGGUGUACAUGUUCUCCCUCAUCGGCGCCUUCCUCAGCGACUCCUACUGGGGCCGCUACAAGACCUGCGCCAUUUUCCAGGCCAUCUUCGUCCUCGGGCUGGCGCUGCUGUCGCUCUCGUCGCGGCUCUACCUGAUCCGGCCGUUCGGGUGCGGCACGCAGGGCACGCCGUGCGCGCCGCACUCGGGCGCGGAGAUGGGGAUCUUCUACAUCGCGCUCUACAUGAUCGCCUUCGGCAACGGCGGGUACCAGCCCAACAUCGCCACCUUCGGCGCCGACCAGUUCGACGAGGAGGACCCGGCCGAGGCGCACUCCAAGGUCUCCUUCUUCAGCUACUUCUACCUGGCGCUCAACCUGGGAUCACUCUUCUCCAACACCUUCCUCAGCUACAUCCAGGACAAGGGCAACUGGGUGCUCGGCUUCUGGGCCUCCACCGCCGCCGCGGCCACCGCCUUGCUGCUCUUCCUCAGCGGGACACCGCAGUACCGCCACGCCCAGCCCUGCGGCAACCCGAUCGGCAGCAUCUGUCAGGUCGCCUCCGCCGCUUGCAGGAACUGGAAGUCCGGCGUGUCGCCCGACCAUGAGGUCCUCUACGAGGGCGACGACGGCAGCAAGGCGGAUUCUGGCGGCAGGAAGCUUCUGCACACCGAAGGCUUCAGGUUCUUGGACCGAGCGGCACUCACGAAAGCUAGCGACUCCAACACCAAGCUGGGCGGCGCGUGCCCGGGGCCGCGCGACCAGUGGAAGCUGUGCACGGUGACGCAGGUGGAGCAAGUGAAGAGCAUCCUGCGGCUGCUCCCCAUCUGGCUCUGCACCAUCCUCUACUCCGUCGUCUUCACCCAGAUGGCGUCGCUCUUCGUCGUGCAGGGUGCCGCGAUGCGCCGAACCACCAUGUUCCCGGGCUUCUACGUGCCGGCAUCCAGCAUGUCGGCCUUCGACAUCCUCACCGUGGCGACCACCAUCUUCCUGUACCGGCGGGCCAUCUGCCCGUUCCUGGCACGCCUCACGGGCCGGCCCACCGGGCCGACGGAGCUGCAGAGGAUGGGCCUGGGCCUGGUCCUCGGCGCCAUGGCCAUGGCCACCGCCGGCACGGUGGAGCACUUCAGGAAGGCCGGCGCCACCGGCACGGCGGCCAACAGCAGCGACCUGCACAUCAUCUGGCAGGUGCCGCAGUACGCGCUGAUCGGGGUGUCGGAGGUGAUGAUGUACGUGGGGCAGCUGGAGUUCUUCAACGGGGAGAUGCCCGACGGGUUCAAGAGCUUCGGGAGCGCGCUGUGCAUGAUGUCCAUGUCGCUGGGGAACUACUUCAGCGACGUCAUCCUGACCGCGGUCACCAGGGCCACCGCCGUGGAUGGGCGGCCGGGAUGGGUACCCGACGACCUCAACGAGGGGCACCUCAACAAGUUCUACUUUCUGCUCGCCAUACUGGCCGUCGCGGACUUCGCCGUGUACCUCGUGUUCGCAAGCCGGUACAGGAGGAGCGGCAACAAGGUGGACGGAAGGAGCGACGAUGACGAGGAGGAAGGGAGCGUCCAUGGCCAGGUGGCGUACGCCGCAUGACUCGGCUUGCGGUCUCCGGCCCGAUCGACGGCUGACUGGUGUUUGGAGUUGUGGUUCUUGAGAUGGAGACUUGAGGAGCAUUGUUGGUUCAGCGCGACGAGUCUUUCGUUGAUGAUAGGACAUGCAUGGGGUGGGAAUGGGAUGGUGGUGCGUGGCUCGUACGACUAAAGAAUAAGCAUGCUAUAGAUGUAUAACAACGACUCUGUCAUGCGUAUGCCUGUUGUCUAUUGUGUUGUUGCUGUUCGCAUUUUUGGCCAAUGUAACGCGGCACGGCUGUUACUGACCACUUAUUUUCCUGCUGUAUAUUGCUGACUUGUAUGUCUGCUACCAUCUCGUUUGUAAUGAUAACUGUUCUUCGUUCCUGCU